CUGUACUUGCGCAGUAACUGUAAGGGGUGGGCAAGUUGCGGAGUGUUGUUACGUGGAGCGCGGGUUUAAUUUGAAAACAUAAAAUGGCGGAGAGUGAGUCUCGAAAUCUAACAGAAAGUGUGAAGACCAGUGGUGACAUUAUGACGUUACCAAACAAGGAUAUCUACACUGGCACCAAAAGAGCCGGCUCCAGGAGUGCCAGCCCGGAACGCCCCCAUAAGUCUCCACGCACCACACAAUCUGAGUCCUGCGCCCCUAACCCCGAAACCAGGGAGGAGCAAUCUGAGAACCGGGAGGGAAUUCAGGUGGAAGAUGCACACCAGGAGGGAAUUCACGUGAAGGAGGCACACCAGGAGGGAGUGCGUUUGGCGGAGGCACUCCAGGACGGAAUGCAGCUGGAGGGGGCACACCAGGAGGGAGUGCAGGUGAAGGAGGCACACCAGGAGGGAGUGCAGGUGAAGGAGGCACACCAGGAGGGAGUGCAGGUGAAGGAGGCACACCAGGAGGGAGUGCAGGUGAAGGAGGCACACCAGGAGGGAGUGCAGGUGAAGGAGGCGCACCAGGAGGGAAUGCAAGUGCAGGAGGUGUACCAGGACGGAAUGCACCAGGAGGGAAUGCAGCUGGAGGGGGCACACCAGGAGGGAAUGCCGCUGGAGGGGGCACACCAGGAGGGACAGAUGAAGGAGCAAGAGAGCAAGGGAGAUGGCCCAGCCCUAAGCCCUCACAGCCGGCGGAAGUCCUGGAGGAGGUCGGCUCGAAUGAGGCGCUCGUUCCCCGCCCUGCCCAGCAGCACCCUUGCUCUGUCCAGGGCUAUCAGCCCCUCCCUGCCAGAGGAGGAAAGGCUGGAGAAGCUGAUGGAAGCCUCCAUGCAGCAGGCCCUGCUGAAGCUGCAGGAAUCUCUGCAGAGCACCCCAGGGGCCAGCCUGGACCGUCUGCAGGAGCAGGUGGAAACUGUUCAAAGGGAGUGGUGUCGUCUGGCACAGGAUAUCCGGGAGCAGGGACAGAGUGGGCCGUCCCAAACCAACACGGAGAGUGACCCUGGCAUGCAGAGGACAAUGGAUCAGAUCAGGAAGUCAAUCCACAGAUUACAGACAGAGUGCGGAUUGUGGGAUUCUCUUCUGCUCAGGCAUCGCAGCAAAGCAGACGAACUGGCCAGGCGUGUGGAGCAGGGGCGGGCAGAGGGCGUGGCCGUGGACGCUUCCUGUCUGGCUCAGUCCACACAGAGCCAGUUUAUCCUCAGUAAGCCAGACUACCACAGUGCCCUCCUCAGGCAGCAAACAGUACUACACAACAUGGAGCUAAUGAUGGACACUCAGUGUAAGAUGAUGAGGCAGUUGCUGUCCUUCCAGGAACAGUGUCACAUGCUGGUGAAAGAGACCAGCGGGAGAUUAGCCUCGAGUGCCGGUUUCCAGAUCCUCCCAUCGUCCCCCGUCCGGAAGCUCCUUGCAGGAUCUAACGGCUUCAAGCAUGACCCUUUGACCUCUGACACGGCAGGCCAUGCGCUGUUUCCAUGACAAUGGAGCAGAUCUGAGUUCCCUGUCUCUGCAUUUGCAUCAGACAGCAGGGCAGGGUGGUGUAUCGGGGCUAAAAAUCUGUACCUAUUUCUGCUUGCAGUGAAACCAUGAAGUCAGCCUUGGCUGAUCCUGCGUUUAAGGUCCUGUACUGUCAAUGUGGAUUUAGUAUAGAUUUUUUUUUGUGAAGACUAGCCUCUGUAAAUUUGGGGGGGGGGGGGAGAAUAUUACACUAGAAUAUUGUGACUGCAACUGUAUGAUUUCUGUCUGUAUAUCUCAUUCUACUCAUCCUAACCUGGUAUAAAUCGUUUCUUAUCCAUUUAA